AUGUUCCGUCUUUCGCCUCUUGGGCUGAAGCUGUUGCCCAAUGAAUUGGCGCCCAUGAGAAGAGGAUGUUGGAGCAACAAAGACUAUUCCACGCAAACGCGUGCCAGCACCUGGCAACUCGUGUCGAUGAGUUUUGAGUCGAUGUCUGUCAUUCAAAUCAUCACGACUCGCAUAACAAGGCUCUCGGCCCAGGUUUCGUCGAAGCACCUUGCCAAUACGGCUCGUAGGCAACUGCCCAGCGGGCCAAAAAAAAAACAGCGUCAUCUACACGAAGCAAGACAGUACCCAGUUGUGAUUGAGUACUCCAUGCCUUCUUUAUACAUCCAAUCAAGGCAGGUCGACAUCUGCGAAGCACUCAUGGUCAUUCAUGAUUGGGUGAGCAUCACCGGCAAGGGGUCUCGGUCUCGCACCACCGAGGACGACGAGGUGAGCGAACAGUCGACGUGA